GGGAUGACAACCUCCAGCGCAACUUCUCUGACAACUCAGAGCUACUAUGAGUUGCUCAACAUACCUCAGGAUGCAACAUCUCAGCAGAUAAAACAAGCAUACCACCGGCUGCUGCUCCUGCAUCACCCUGACAAACGCUCCGCAUCCGGGACGGCAAGCCCCUCGGCGAAAGGUGUAUCUCCGAAAGUAGAUUCACCCGGGACGGUCGAUGUGGCCCUACUUACGGUCGCAUAUUCGACGCUCUCGUCCGAGGAGCGUAGGAAGGGAUACGAUGAUCGACUGGGAGAGGGUGGACGUACUAGUGUGUCACAGGAGAAUGAACUCGAGAGGAAGACACGCCGUCCAGCCGAGGUCGUCUCGCUCGACGAGUUCACGCUCUCUAUAAACGAGAAGGGGGAGGUAUGGACAUAUCUUUGUCGGUGUGGCAACUUAUACAUGAUCCACGAAACGGAUAUGGAGGCUGACGUGCACUUACUUGAAUGCGGAGGUUGCUCGGAGGUCGUCUGGGUGGAGUACGAAGAGGCAGGAGAAGAUAUUACAGAUGUUGGGAUCACAGGAGAAUAGACGAGCACGAAGGACUGGGGAUGUUAGUCGCUGGUAUAAGGAGACCAAACUCCACCUGUUGACCUCGUAUAUGAACCGUCAGUGAAUUUUGACGCUCACAUUCUCGCGAGGACGCCUGGGUCGAUAUCACAUAUUGGAAAGAAUGUCAUGGUACCCUAGUUUUGGGCCCGAGUUUGACCAGGCCAAUGCAACCGUGUAGAUGGUUAACAAUGAGUAGAAUCUCGAGUUAGCAGCACUUCG